AUGGGAACCGUCCUCAGCUUCAGCCCCCGCGAGAGAAGACCAGCCUAUUCUGGGGGCGAUUCCGACUUCACGCUCAACAACUUAUCCUACGAACAGCUCAACAACGCCAAGAACAGGGAGGUUAUGGCAGCAGGAAAAGUAACUCCCGCCCAGGGAACCAACAACGAGAACUCCAGGAUCAUCUCGGAGAAGAACGCUCUGGAAAAGAGCCUCAAGAAACAUUCACUUUUCAUAAACGCCCUCUCAUGGAAGAGAUUUUCGACGACAAACAACUCCAAGAAGAAAAUGGAGAACAAAAACAAGAAUGUGACGUCCGCGUACAGGCAACCGCUCAACGACAACAUGAACCCGAUAGUAGUUGACAAGAACAAGAACAUACAAAAGCCAGCGCUGUGCUACUACCCGCCGAUAGUGAAGUCGGCUACUACUACCUCAAUUCCCGCUGUGGCUAGCGUUGACGCCGUGCGAGCCAACAACACCAACAACAACACGACAUGUUCCGAAAAGUUGGUUCCCAAGACUAUGAUCCUCCAGCCGGCCCCUCCGCUGCCUGCCAAGAAGACGGUCAUCCAAGCGAGCACCUCGGAGCUGCUAAAGUGCCUCGGGAUCUACCUCCACGGCAAGUGCUACCGGCUGAAGGACUUCCAGGCCGGGGACGCCGUCAUGUGGCUGAGGACCGUCGACAGGAGUCUGCUCCUCCAAGGAUGGCAGGUCAGUACCGAUCAAAUAGCGAGAAAAGAGAAAAAUAACUGCUCUAUCACACAAUUGAAAGAUUUUCAAAACAAAUAUAUAAUUCUAAAAUACUAA